GACCAAAUCGUUCGAUUUGGUCCGGUUCAGAAAAUCCGUAGCACGUUACGUGAUGGAUUCCGAGAACACAAUCGAUCAAAUCUAAAUCGAAGGAUCUGCACCUUCGGCGGCUCCCAAAUCCAUCGCGAGCGGCGUUUUUGCAGCAGCGGCAAGAGGAAUCGCGAGGGCGAACCUUGAAAUCGAAGCGUUUUCUCCAAAUUUGCUCGACGGCCGGCGCGUUGCGCCAGCAAUCGGCGAUAGCGGCCGGGGAAGAGGGAUCAAGGUGGGCAAGAAGGCUGACGGCGGCAAGGAGGAACUAGGGGUGGGAUUCGUUUCGGCCUUUCGUCUCUGCGAUUGGACAACGGGUUUGGAACGCUGAUAGCUGAACUGGGUUUCGGGAUUGAUCAAUCGGGGUGCACUUCUAGUGAUAAGUCUCAACGCCAGUUGUAAAUUUGCAUGAAGAUAGAGGGCUAUGAACUCCAAUGCUCCUAUAUCUGGACAGGUGGCUUCUCAACCUAGCUCCCAAAUGCCCGGUCUGCCCCAGCGGAUCAACAAUUCAAUGGCAUCUCAAAUGCAGAAUCUUGAUUCUCGAAAGAUGGAUCCUGAGUUUAUGCAAUUGCGUAGAAAAAUGCAACAGAAGAUUUAUAAUACACUUCAAAAAAAAAAUCAGUCGAAUGACUGGCUGCGUAAGCUACCAGAAAUAGUCAGGCACUUGGAGGAAUGUAUGUUCAGAGACAAUGCAACAAAGGAUGAGUAUUUGACUUUGUAUAUGGAGUCAAAUGAAAAUCACUUUUUCUCCAUCAUCAAAAGUAUUAUUAGCAGCAAACACCGUGCACCACAUCAAGUUAGAGCUUCCUCUACUCCCAGUAUGAUGAUUCCAACACCUGGGAUGCAACAAGAUAGAAGCACACAAUCGAUAGUAUCUGGUUCAGUUGAGAACCCCAAAAUGGGUGGUCCAAGUGUUGAAUGUCCUCCCUCAACAAACAUGGGAAAUUUGCAACCCACUGGGAAUGGCCUGACUGAUGUCAAUACCCCAUUUAAUUUGGCUAAUGUUUCCAAUGGUCAACAGAGACAAGGUACAAACUUUCCUCUUGGUUCAGUUGUAAGAAAUGUAAUGCAUUCUAACUCUGCUGGCGUACCAAGACAAUCUAGUCAGAUGAUUCCAACACCUGGAUAUAUAGAUCCACAGGCAGUAUCCUUAGCCUCAGGAUCUUCCAAUGCAACUAAUCUUUCUAGUGAUGAGUCUACAGUACCCUUGGAGUUACAACAGAAAAGGAAUAUUGGAAACCCAAGCAACCACUUAUUACAUAGUUUAGGAGGGCAGAUUGAUAGUGGUAUCAGGCCAAGCACUCUGCAGAAAGCUUUACUGCAUAGCAUGUCAAAUGGAGUUGUGAAUGGUGGUCUGGAUUCAGUUGGGAGCAACAUGCAAUUUAAAAGGUCUACAAAUUUAGAGGGGUUACUAAAGACUGGGCCUCCCAAUGUUCCUCCUAAGCCUCUACAACAGCACUUUGAUCAGCAAAUACACCAACCUAGAAUGCCAGAUAUCUUUUGCUUUUUCAUGCUGUCUUCAUACAAGUAA